ACAUCACUCUCGUAAAAAAGCUUUAUGGAGCUACUGAGCGAGUCGAAACAGGACAGAAAGGACGGUGGUUGUCGUGGCUGUUGGGAGCUGGCGAAAUAGAAACGAAAUGAAGGCCUUGGGUUUAGUGUUUAGAUCGAGGAACUGCCUUGUUUCCCGGCUCGUCCAAGUGACUGCGCUGGCACAAAGCGCCUCCACAUCGUCUACCAACAAGCCAAGGUUUGGCUUGCUGUUUGACAUUGAUGGCGUCUUGGUUCGUGGAAAGACUCCUAUCCCAGCAGCUAAGAAAGCCUUCCGGAAGCUGGUGGAUUCCAAUGGUCAAUUUGUCAUCCCCGUCGUUUUUGUCACAAACGCUGGGAACUGCCUGCGGCAGAAGAAAGCUAAUCAGCUGUCUCACAUUUUGGACGUUCCAAUAUCCCAGGAUCAAGUUGUGAUGUCUCACAGCCCUUUAAGAAUGUUCAGGAAAUAUCAUGACAAGUGUGUUCUGGUAUCAGGUCAAGGACCAGUGCUGGACAUUGCCAAAAACUUGGGCUUUACCAAGGUGAUCAGUAUAGACAUGCUAAGAGAAUCCUUUCCUCUGCUGGACAUGGUGGACCACAACAGACGCCCAAAGCUGCCAUCCUCUCCUAUUGUGAACCGCCCUAUAAUUGAAGCUGUGAUACUUUUUGGGGAACCCAUUCGAUGGGAAACCAACCUACAGCUGAUUAUUGAUGUUUUGCUGACCAAUGGGAAUCUGAGUAAUACAUUUGAGACCUCCCACUCCUCCCACCUGCCACUCUUAGCCUGUAACAUGGACCUCUUGUGGAUGGCAGAAGCACAGUCACCACGAUUUGGUCACGGAACAUUCAUGGUGUGCCUGGAGAACAUCUACAAGAAGAUCACAGGCAAGGAGCUGAAAUAUGAGGCCCUAAUGGGGAAGCCCAGUGAGCUGACCUACCAUUAUGCCGAGUACCUCAUCAGAGAACAGGCUGUACAGAGAGGCUGGCGAGCGCCUGUCACAACCCUGUAUGCUGUUGGGGACAACCUCAUGACUGACAUCUAUGGUGCCAACCUUUAUAAUCGUUACCUUGAGGAACGGCUGACCAGGAAGAAUGCUAAGACACUGGUACAGGUGGCAACAGGCACUGGAGUGCCGUCACAGGUCGCCCAGGACAUGGAUGUAGAUGGCAGCUGGGAGACCGAGCUGGCCUCCCCUUCUGCCACCUCCUGCAAGUCUAUCCUGGUGUGCACUGGGGUGUACAACCCACACACUGAGGUGCCCAGGGCUGCCAGCCAGUGCCUCAAACAGACCGUCUUCCAUGGGCACCGGGACUUCCACAUCGACCCAGCCCUAGUGGAGCCGGGCAGCAUUAUCCGGGAUGUGGACGAUGCCGUUGAGCUCAUCUUCGAGAUGGAGAAGUUUGUGACACUUGUGUAGUUAUGACAACGGGAUAUGCAGAUGCUGCUCUGAAGUUGAUUUAGCUAUGUGAUACUAAGCACAAUGCCACAUUUUAAAACAUGACACUAAAGAUACUGUGGUAUAUUAUUCAUUCAUAAAGAACGCUUGCAGUACUGUAAUUUGACUUCAGUGCUGUCUCUUCAGAUGGUUACUUUUUGUGUUUGUUUUAUCCCAUAGGAACCAUAUUUACAUUUUUCUGUAUCUGUACAAUAGUUUUUGUUCUUUCCAAAGUCAUUUUACAGUACAUUACUGUAAAUUCUAGUUAUUUGAAUUUUUAAGUAUUAUUAAUGUUUAAGUAUGGCCCUCGCUGCUGUUUAAGGAGUUGGUGAACAUUGCCCUUUUACACUGAGCAGAGGUCAGUUUUACCAUUUCUCUUAUAAUGGUUAAGGCUAAGGAACAUUCACACAGCAGAAUUUUAGCUUUGUUUUUACUUGAAACAGUGCUUAGUACAAUUUGUUUCAUAUUGCAAGUGGUUUCACGAUUUUCCUGCCAUUUUGUUAGGAUUUUGCUAAUAUAUAGUAUUAACCAACUGUUGCUUUUGAAAAUAUCAUAAGGGCAUUUUAACAUCUUUGUUUUAUUCCAUACAUGUUUGUUUACAUACAAGUUACACUGUAAUGUUUAUUGAAAUACAAUGUUAAUGGUACAAUUUUAGUACUCAAGUAGUGAAAUGUAUAACACUGAAGCAAAGCAUUUUUUGUGUGUUAUUUGCAAUAGUGAUUUACACAAAUGUUUCACUUUUUGAAAUUUUUACUUAAAUUGUAUAAGCUUUUAUUUAAAUGACAUCACUAUUAAUUUUUUAUCAAAUAUACUGGGGGGUUUUAUUCCUUAAAGUACUGAAAGUCAUUAGUUUCCUAGUUUCUUUUGAUAUAAUAUUAGAAAGUAUUACGAAUUUGCCUAUACUGUUUGACACCAGCAUUUGGGCAAGACUUGUGUUUUAAUGUCAACAUUCACUGUCAACAUGACCUCUGAUGUACCAUUAAUCUUUUUAAAAGUGUUUUAAAUUUUUAGUUAAUUUACUGUUACAUUUGUGCACUAAGGGUGUCUGUAGUGCCAUCAUAAUUGUGAGUUCGUUUUACAUGUGUUUAUGAGAGCAAUAGGAGCAUUGUAAGUGUACCACUACAUUUUUAUGGUCUCUUUUUUAAACACUGCCUUAUCUAUGAUUUAAGCAGAUAAAUAAACUCAUUUUAAUUAUUAAUUAUGAGGUUAAUCUUUAAAAAUAUAUAGAAAAAUGUUUAACCACAUCUCUUAAGAAACAGAAAGUUCGACCUUAUUUCUAAACAAUAAAGGCCAACAAAAAGAAAGUGCUACCACUGUGACAUUGUGUUGCAUGUAUAAUGUAUUUAUUUUAAAUGUAUAAUUAUUCUUGAAAUGUUGAUAAAAGUAUUUUAUUCAGAUGUUAAAGUCACUGGGUUCAUAUUUAUAAUAAAAUUUGCAAUUAUU